AUGUUGUCCUUAUUCGCAAGACACUUCCGAAACGCGCGAGUGGGAGUUUUCAAUCAGGCGCUCCGGUUUUCGUCCCAAAUAGGAGAAAAUCGAGCAGAGAAGGGGCUUGUGCUGGGACUGUACGAGCAGGAAAUCGACACGGAAGAGCCCCGCCUUUCUUCGACGGCCAUCCACUUCGAUGCCAAAACCGACGGACAGCUGUUGAGCCUCAUCAAAGAAUGCAAUUUGAAGGGCAAGCUCGGUAGUGUUAAAAUAUUUAACAACCUUGACCCGGCAAUCGGUUCGGUUGCCGUCGUCGGCCUGGGCCUCGAAGGGGCCGGCUACAACGAGCUGGAAGCGGUCGAUGAGGGAUUCGAGAACGUGCGUAUUGCCGCAGGCACUGGGGCGAGCGCUUUGGCGAAGGACGGCUGUACCCAGAUCUUUGUCGAUCCGAUGGAACAUCCGGAGCAGGCCGCUGAGGGUAGUGGUCUUGCGACCUGGCGCUAUCAGGCCAACAGGGCAAAGAAAGACCGUAAGCCUAUCCCGAAACUGGACCUGUACGAUUCGGCCGAAGUGGACGCUUGGACCCGCGGGCUGUUCAAAGCCGACGCCCAGAACUUGGCCCGCAGUCUGGCCGAUGCACCCGGCAACCAGAUUACACCGACGUCGUUCGCCCAGGCCGCCGUAGAUGCCCUGUGCCCGUGUGGGGUCAACAUCGAGGUGCGCAACAAGGACUGGGCAGAGGCGAAAAAUAUGGCCUGCUUUCUGUCUGUCGCGCGAAGCUCCUGUGAGCCUCCGAUUUUUCUCGAAAUCAGCUACUGCGGUGACGAGAAGGCGGGUCGUCCGGUGAUGCUGGCUGGCAAAGGGAUCACGUUCAACAGUGGCGGCCUGUGUUUGAAGCAUCCGGAAGAUAUGGCCCAGUAUCGGGCCAGUAUGGCCGGAGCGGCGGCCGUCGUGGCCACGAUCCGGGCGGCGGCCGCACUGUCGCUUCCGAUCAACUUGGUCGGUCUGGUGCCGCUGUGCGAGAAUAUGCCUUCCGGGAUGGCGUUCAAGCCGGGCGAUGUCAUUACGGCGAUGAACGGCAAAACGGUUGCCGUUCACGAUACGAACAAUGCCGGGCGGCUGAUGCUGGCCGACACGUUCGUGUACGGCCAAACGACCUUUAAACCGAAAAUGAUCGUCGAUGUAGCGACCCUUUCCGAUGGAAUCAUUCACGCCCUGGGUGGGGCCGCCAGCGGGGUGUUCUCGAACUCGGACUUUCUCUGGUCACAGAUGCAGAAAGCGGGCGCUAUAAGCGGUGACCGUGUUUGGCGCAUGCCGCUCUGGCAGUACUACACCCAGAAGGUGACGGAAUACUCCAAUGUCGACAUCAGCAAUGCAGGACGCGGCAAGGGUAGCGCCUGUUUGGGUGCUGCCUUUCUCAAGGAAUUCGUUCCGUGCGUGGAUUGGGUGCACUUGGACAUUACUGGCGUGGGGAUGCUAAAGAAGGGCGCCGGUAUCCCUUACCUCGUGAACGAUCGCAUGACCGGUCGGCCUACCCGUACGCUCAUUCAAUUCCUCUACCAACUUGCCUGCCCGGAACCACAAAGCCAGAGUGCGCUCGUGAAGAAAGCGGAGCAAAACUGA